AAUUGGCUUGGCAACCCUAAUAAAGAAAAAUAGAAAAAUAGACUGAAAAUUAAACUUAAAUUAAAAUUGUUUGGUAUAAUGGAGACUGUAUUAUUGAGCAAUAUUAAAAAGCUGUACGAUAAUGAGCUGUAUAGCAGUGUCAUUACAGCGGCAAGUCUGCUUACCACACUUCUCCAAAAUAAAAGGUCCUUAGCCACUCCGGAAAUUGAGUACAAUGUCUUGAUGUUCCAUGCCAAUGCAUGUUAUCAGGAGAAACAAUACCGAAUGGCAAUUAAGCAGUUAAAUGCCGCUCUACUAAUGCGCAAAUUCAUGACUCGUUAUAAAAAUGCUCAUCUCGUCUCCAUUGAAAGCACCUAUGAACAUUUUGGUGAAACGGAAACUCGCUACCGUUUGGCCAUGUCCCACCGAGAAUUGGGCGAAAGUGCUCUGGCCAUAAGUGUGCUACAAGCUUUGCCAGCAAAAGCGAGAACACCUAAAGUACAUCUGUUGCUGGCCAAGUUAAUACAUCAUGGGGGUUCCAAUUCAAUUGAAGCCAUCUUAAAUUACAAAGAAGUAUUACGUGAAUGUCCAAUGGCUAUGGAGGCCAUAGAUUCACUGCUGGAGUUGGGCGUAGAUGGCAUAGAAGUUAAUUCUUUGGUUAUGAAUGCCAGCACCGUACCCAAAAACAUAGAAUGGCUGAGUACUUGGAUUAAGGGCCAUGCACAGCUCUAUAGCCGCAAGCAUAUGGAAGCUUCAAAAACAUUCCAGAACAUCAACAACAAAACACAAUUCCAUCAAAAUGAAUAUUUGAUAACCUUAAUUGGCAAAUGCUUUUACUAUUAUGGAAACUCUACACAGGCACAACAUUAUCUGGAGACGGCAGUCAUGUUGAAUCCCUAUAACUGGGAUGCCAUAAUGUGUCUCUCGGUGGUAUUCGAAUACAAUCAGAAACUUCAAGAAUUGGAAAAGCUAACAGCUCAACUGACAAAUAUACACGAGUUUACAUCGGGACAUUGGUUUGUGCUGGCACAAAGCUUUUAUGCCAAUGGCAAAUUGGACAAAGCAUCCUCAUUUGCCAAUAAGGCACUGGCAGUGAAUCCUCGCAAUGUCGAGGCCCAGCUGCUGCGAGGCAAGAUAUGCCUGCAAAUAAGGCGUCACAAGGAUGCCAUUUACUAUUUUAGAUCUGCUCAAUGCAUAGCCAAUUACCGUUUUGAGGUUUACAAGGGUCUCUUCCAUUGUUAUGUUGGCAUGAAGAGGGCCAAGGAGGCGCAGACAAUGUGUGCACUGACAGUGCGUUAUUUUAGAGAAUCUCCUCGAAGCUUGGUGAUGUUUGCAAGGACUUUAGUCAAUUCCGCCCAUCCCAAUGCAAAGAAAAGUGCCAAGAAAGUUGUAGGGAAGGCAUUGGAAAUAGAUGAACAUUAUGCUCCAGCUGUUGCUUUAAUGGCCGAACUUUGCCACUCGGAGGGUGAAACACAAGAGGCUAUUGCCUUACUUAAAAAACAAGUUAUUGUCUAUCCCCAUUAUAAACUGUUUACCAUGCUGGGGGAUAUUUUGGCCCAUGAAAAAGAUCUCAAUGGUGCUUUGGAAUAUUACACAACGGCUCUGUCGAAUGAGCCCACAUAUCAGCGUGCAUUAGAUGGUGUCAAUGCCUUGGGCAAAGCCCAAUGGUCUAAUACAAAAAAUGAACAAGACACCUCAAUGGCUUCGUCGGCAAACGAGGACGAAUGGCCCAUAGAAUGUGACGAGCCAUCUGUAGAAGCCGUAGAGUUAUCAUCGCCAGCUGUUCAAAAUGAUGAUGAUGAAUCGGAUACGUUUUCGGAUCCAUUCUGGCAAGAAGUCAACGCGGAUAUAACAAAUUAGUUUUAGUUCUGUUUGAGCUGUAGUAUUAGAAUUCCCCUCCAACCACAGACUUACAUACAUUUCUUCCCCAUUGUCAAAAGUAUCAUAAUAUCAUUUCCUGCAUAUACUCAAUAUCCAUAUACAUAGUAGCAUAUUCUUAAACACAAUCAAAUUAAAGUUAAAUAUUACUAAUUGAUUGUUGAUUAAUUAAAA